AUGCCCAUAGACAGCGCGUGCGAGCUUCUGAAGUACUAUGAGGUCUACGAAACAAUUGGUUCAGGUGGUUUUGCUAAGGUCAAGCUGGGCCGACAUAUCCUGACAGGAGAGAAGGUGGCGAUAAAAAUUAUGGACAAGAAGGACCUUGGGGACGAUCUUCCUCGUGUGAAGACUGAGAUAGAAGCCAUGAAGAGCCUGAGUCACCAGCACGUGUGUCGCCUUUACCACGUCAUCGAGACAAGUAGCAGAAUCUUCAUGGUGCUAGAGUACUGUCCUGGAGGAGAGCUCUUUGAUUACAUCAUAGCGAAGGAUCGUUUGUCGGAGGAGGAAACUCGAGUCUUUUUCAGACAGAUCAUCUCUGCACUGGCCUACGUGCACAGCCAGGGCUACGCCCACAGAGACCUCAAACCGGAAAACCUUCUCAUUGAUGAAGAUCAUAACCUGAAGUUGAUUGACUUUGGCCUGUGUGCAAAACCCAAGGGAGGUUUGGGUUAUGAACUGACGACCUGCUGUGGUAGUCCAGCAUACGCUGCUCCAGAGCUCAUUCAGGGCAAGGCUUACAUCGGCUCUGAGGCUGAUGUGUGGAGUGCAGGUGUGCUACUCUUUGCCCUGCUGUGCGGAUACCUGCCAUUUGAUGAUGAUAACUGUAUGGUCCUUUACAGGAAAAUCACUAGAGGCAAAUAUGACAAUCCACGCUGGCUCUCUCCCGGCAGCAUCCUGCUCCUAAACCAGAUGAUGCAGGUGGAGCCAAAGAGGCGCCUGUCGGUGAGGCAGUUGCUGGAUCACCCCUGGGUUAUGAGGGGUUACAGCAGCCCUGUGGAGUGGCACAGCAAAUACCCUCUGGGUCACAUUGAUGAGGACUGUAUCACUGAGAUGGCAGUGGCUUUGAAGCGCUCCAGACAGAGCACAAUCCAACUGGUCUCUGAGUGGAAGUACGAUCAAACGACAGCCACCUAUCUGUUGCUGCUGGCGAAGAAACAGCGAGGGAGACCGGUCCGUCUGAGAGCCGACAUUCCCGCACAGAACCUCGCCUGUUCGCCUUCACACAACCACGAGACUAAAGGAAGGCUAAACUUCAGUGAGGAAGAGGAUGGUCCUGACCCUGUUGUACCAGGCUCCAUGGUCUUCCCUGCUGACUGUUAUGACGACGAUGACAACGCCUGGAUUCCCCUCACGCCCAAAAACACACAGCAGAACACACACACCGAGCACACAGUCAGUAACCCCAGCUGUCAAUCAUCAGAGAAGAGGCGGGCCAGACGGAUCUGUUCCCCCGGCCUAAACCAGGAGAAGCCGCACGCCUACAGACAGGACAGACGCAACAGGACCAGAGAGAACAAAGAGAACAUCGCGGUGACCGUUACGAGCGACGACGGAUUCGCCCUUCCCGCUCCCAGAACCCCGCUGACCAACAGAAAAGGCCGCGCUCAAAAAACCGUCCCGACGACGCCCAGUAAUAACUAUGCUAACGCGCUGACCAGCGCACACAGAGAGGGAGGCAGUGCCUCUAAAGAAGCCCCUGGCAAAAGAACAGCCGAGCUGCAACCUCCCAACGGGCACGGAGAACUGGAGAUUCUGGCCUUCAGUCCAGAGAGGAGGUCUCGCUCUCUGGACAUGGCCGUGUGUCAGACAGACAGCGGGCAGAAGAAAAAAGGCGGGAAAGUGUUCGGGAGUUUGGAGCGGGGAUUGGAUAAGGUCAUCACCAUGCUCACUCCCAGCAAGAAGAGAGGGGUGCGUGACGGCCCACGCAAAAUAAAGGCCCAGUAUAACGUCACAUUGACUAGUCAGACCAACGCUGACCAGGUCUUGAACCACAUUCUCAGCGUGUUGCCGGAGAAGAACGUGGACUUUGUGCAGAAAGGUUACACGCUGAAGUGUCAGACUCAGUCGGACUUUGGGAAGGUAACGAUGCAGUUUGAGUUGGAGGUGUGUCUCCUCCAUAAGCCAGAGGUGGUGGGCAUUCGAAGGCAGAGGCUCAAAGGAGACGCCUGGGUCUACAAACACCUGGUGGAGGACAUCCUGUCCACCACCAGGAUCUGA